CUGCGCAUCGUGUCGAAUUGAUAUAUGUACAAAUUAAAACAAUAUGACGUGAGGUUCCAAUAUAUUUUGAUCACGAUGUAAUCGUUUUUUUACACCAUGAGACCAAUGAGAGAGAAGCUGUACGUGCGGUAAGUGUGGCUUUGCCUCCUCUGAGCGAUAUACUUUCUGCACGUAACCAAUGUAAAGAACAGACCUGUUCUUAUGAUUUCGACACAAUGGAGACGGUGGAGCAGUCGGAGGACAUUUCGCUGAGGACCCAGUUCACCGUUGACGAUCUGGACGUAGAAAUAUUGCCGCUCAUCUACGAGAUCAUUCGCAGCAUUGAGAAGGAUCCGCAUGACACCUCGCAGAAGGCAAAGGAGUCGCAGGAUACCAGCCACAAGAUCCUAGAAUUGCAGAAGAAGCUGGACUCGACGAGAUCGCAGAUCAAGAGAUUACCCGGGAUAGAAUACAGCAAGGAGGAACAGUUGCAAAAGCUCGAAACCUUACGCAAGCAAUUGAGACUGAAGCGCGAACUUCUGCUCAAGUAUCGUAACACGUGUACGUUUGAAGUGCCGAAGGUGUGAAGCGCAUAGGUCU